AUGACGCCCACACAAGACUUAUCUUGGUAUACUAUCCCUCCCUAUGUGCUAGUACACACAAAUUACACCAUUCCCCCGGCUCUACUUCUCAUAGUGCUCUUAAAACCUCUACUCACACGCACGGACGUGUACCGACUAUUGUUGCUCCUCACAAUAGCCGUCACCUACACUACGCCCUGGGAUUCAUACCUGAUCUAUUCCGGAGUAUGGGCAUACCCUUCUAAGGCGGCUCUCGGACUUGCGCCGCUCGGAAUCCCUGUGGAGGAAUUCUUCUUCUUUAUUGUGCAGACUUGCAUCACCGGCUUGUUGUACAUUCUCCUCGCCAAAGCCACGGUUGGACAGGCAGUUCUGGCCCGAAGUAUGCAGCGCAGUCCUUUGACAAGAUGGACGGGUACCGUUGUCUUCUCUUCGCUGUUCCUUCUGGGACUGUGCAUGGUCAUUCACGAAACGACACGCUACAUGUAUAUGGGCCUCAUUCUCGGCUGGUCCAUGCCGGUAAUUACUAUGUUAUGGGCAGUGUCAUCACCUUACAUCCUCGCUUUACCUCGCAGGAACGUUUUUAUUCCGAUCCUUCUUCCGACAUUCUACCUCUGGAUCAUUGACACCAUGGCACUCGGUCACGGCACAUGGGAAAUAUCCAAGAACACCAAGACUGGCUUGUACCUCUGGCGGAAUUUAGAGAUUGAAGAGGCAGUCUUCUUUCUCGUUACAGAUAUUCUGGUCAUAUUCGGAUCGGCCACCUUCGACCAUGCUUUCUAUGUCAUCUGCGCAUUUCCAUCUCAAUUCCCAGAGUUGUCGUCCACACCCUCGCUCUCCACCGCCUUUUCGGCCUUGAAAAUGAUAUUCCAGUCCCGGUUCGUCCUCAGCCGACGCACCUUUUUCCGAGAUACUGAGCGCCUUCGUGGCGUUCUUGAUGCAGUCGAACGCAUCAAGGGCAAGAGCCGAAGCUUCUGGAUAGCUAGCAUCGCUUUCGAAGGUCGCUUGAAGGUCGAUUUACUCCUUCUGUACUCGUUCUGCCGAGUCGCUGACGACCUUGUGGAUAAUGCUUCGGAUCAAGUCGAAGCUUUGAAGACCCUACAAUCCCUUAGGUCGUUUUUGGAUAUCGUAUACAACAGCAAUAGUGAGAAAUCGAUUCAUGACAAAGCCUUAUAUGAAUUCGUGUUGGCCCACUUUCCGCUCGACACGCACUCGUGUUUUCUGGCCCUGCCAGUUCAGAUUCUACCUCGCGAGCCGCUAGACGAGCUGUUGAACGGUUUUGAAACCGAUCUUGACUUCAGUUCCAAUACCCAAAAGCCACCCAUACAAAGUAACGACGACCUCGACCUAUACGCCUCUCGAGUAGCGGGGACCGUCGGCGAGCUCUGCUGUUGCCUGAUAUUCCAUCACUCCUCUUCACUCCCUGCGGGCAAUUCUUCCGACAGUUCCCCUGCUCUUCAGCUUCAGCUUCCCGACCAACGCGAGAAAAUCCUUAGUGCAGCCAGGGAGAUGGGAAAGGCGCUGCAAUACGUCAACAUAGCCAGGGAUAUAUGGGUCGACGCGACACUCCGUCCUUCCGGUCGCGUAUACAUCCCGGAGAGCUGGCUAAAGGAGGACGACCUCGAAUCGAAGGCCAUCCUCAAUAGCAAACCCGCUCUUUUGGCGGUCUACAAAUACCGCGAGAGGCUCCUGGAGCGUGCGAAUGGUUUGUACAGUCAAUCAAGAUCCGCAAUAGAAUGCCUGCCUGAGGAGUGGGGCGGUCGGAAGGGGAUGAGGGCGGCAAUCGAGUCAUACAUGGAGAUCGGGAGGGUACUAGGCAAUCGACACCGCUUGAGUAACCUACACGCGAAGACCCUCGAAGAAGAGGAAGAGCAGUGGAGGGAGGCUUGGGUGGAUCUUUGCUCCGUGUCUUAUAAUGGAACAGGAAGAGCGACCGUCCCACUUGGCAGGAGGUUGUGGGUAUUCUUGUCCGCUCUUGCCGGCUCAUAUCUUUAGAUCUCUACGGGGUUGUCGUCGACGCCUGUCUCAAACGUUGCUUCCGAUCGUAUAG